UGUGGAAUAUGGAUACCUCAACGAGUUGCCGUGAUUUGAAAUAGCUGAAUAUAUAGGGUUUGAAUCUCCUUUGACUUUCAUAGUAGCCCACCGUUGGACCUAGUUUACCACCCAUUGCGAGCUCUGAUAUCUGCCCCCACUUUAACUUACCCUCACUUUCAACUCUCAUCGUCAGUCAGUCAUACACACCUACCUUCACAAGUUCACAGAAAAUCUUUCUGUCUCGCAGCCUGAUAUAUCAAAAGCCAUCAUGUCGCCCUCAGCAGCCUCCCAUCACCGCUCGCACUCGCUCCUCCUACUCCAAAAGCUUCUGAAUCUUCGCGACAAAGCCUCACCACUCACACUCAUUCUUGACAACCUCGAGCAGCCAGCUCACCCAGUCCUCAAUGAGUUCAUGACCCGAGCCAAGAUCUCUAAAGCGAAAAUAAUCUUCAUCGCCCUCUCUACCCUCAAGAAGCCACCCCUCGCCGACGUCUUCAUCCGCGGCCGUCACAAAUCUCUUCAACAACUCGCCUCCGAAAUAAUCCCCCACGUCACACCCUCCCCCUCCUCCCCAAACCAAAAAAACAUCUUACUCUUCGACACAAUCCACCCCCUCCUCUCGAUCCCCUCCCACCUCCCCUCCUUCCUCCAAUCCAUCAUCCCCCCCCUAACCACCUCUUGUCUAUUAGUCUACCACACCGACAUCCCCCUUCUCCCCCAAUCCAACCCUUACACCCCAACCCCUCUAUCAGUCCUAACCCACCUCUCCACCUCGAUCCUCACCCUCACCCCCCUCUCCCACGUCCUAGCCACCAAAGCCGCAGAGAAUAAAUCCCUCCCCGCCCCCGUCUUCGGCCUCCACUCAUCCCGCGAAGGCGUCCUCCUCUCCCUCCGCUCCCCAUCCUCCCCCCAAGGGGUGGUGAUAACGAUGGAACUCCGCCGCAAAUCAGGCCGCGUCGUCCAAGAGAAGUUCGUCCUCUUCCCGUCACCCCCAACAACAACCGCUCAACACCGACAACAAACAAAGGGUAUCGGCGGAGUGAUCCUCCUGUCUGACCACCCCGCUUUUUCCACAGAAACAACGGAAGAGGAGGGGGAAGGAAUCCAAGCUACCUUCAACCUGGGCCUCACCGAAAAACAACGCCGCGACCGCGAAGGCGUUGUUCUCCCCUACUUUGACGCCCAGACCGAGGUGGGUGGGGGGGGGGGCAGGAUAUUGUACGACAUGGGGAGGGAGGACGAUUUUGAUGAGGAGGAGGAUGAGAUUUAGUUUGGUGGUUUCUAUACCCCCUUUCAGCCAUCUCAAUACGCCCAAGAGCAUUCUUGUCACCACGCCUUACAAGACAACCACACCACCCUCCCCACAAAAUACUUGCCACAGCAAAAACAAUGCUGACCUGUACCAUACUAUAAACCAUACCUCAAUAGUAGUAGAACCCUUUCAAAUAUCUCCAUAACCCUAUCGACAAGCCACGGUUCACAAUAUAAUAUGCGUUAACCUCCUUCCCAUGUUAAUUAUUUUGUGGCAAGGGUGACAACCCAGCCCUUUUCAACAAUGAUUUAGUUUCUUCGAAUCAGACUAUAUAUGUAGCAUGAGACAUAUUAUCUGCACCAAAAAAAAAUAAAACGGCAGUCG